AUCUCGGCGGAGAUGUUCUGCGGCAGACAUUUACGAGGCCCCUCCCUAAACUUUUGUGGUUAUAACAGGAUUUCGACUGGCGCGAAAAACGCACUACGCGGCUUUCAAUACACGUCACGCGGCAGAAUCGCAGCCGGGCAUCGACUACUUAAACGACGACUAAAAUAAAGCGAACGAAACAUAACAAGAAACAACUCGACGGAGGCAGGUUCUGGUUUGAAGGCUCUAUCAGUGGAUUUGUCUUUGGCCUGAAUUUUCCGAGCCGGUUCAAAAGGACUAAAACCAAAUCAGGACUUUAUUUCCCCAGCGUAACAAUGGAGUUUGACUGUUACCAGCACUAUUUUUUGGAUGACUUUGACACCGAAGAGGAUUUCUACAAUUCAACCGCACCAAGCGAGGACAUUUGGAAAAAGUUCGAGCUGCUGCCCACCCCUCCCCUGUCGCCCAUCCGGACUUUGCAGAACGGGGACGACAAACUCGGCUGGUUGUCCAAAGUGCUGGCUCAGGACGACGAAUGUGAGGGUCAGGGGCUUUUCCGCAACCUCAGUUCCAUCAUCAUCCAGGACUGCAUGUGGAGUAGUUUCUCAGCCAGCAAGCAGCUGGAGAAGGCGGUCCACGGCAGGGAAUCGGAUCCGCCACAGCCUCCCGGAGCUCCCCCGGGCCCACAAAGCCCCGCGAGGGCGAGCAAAGCUCACUGCGUCUCGCCGAGCGCUCACCUGGCCACGUCGUUGGCGGACUGUGUCGACCCCGCUGCUGUUCUCACAUACCCGGCAAGCAGCUGCAGGAAGACGGCGUCGUCUGGCUCCGAGUCUCGGACCGACUCUUCCGAUGAUGAAGAGGAAAUUGACGUUGUCACCGUGGAGAGCAAGCAUAACCAGGCCCGAGUGGCGAGUGUCCGCAAGCCAGUGACCCUCACUGUGCGUGCGGACCCCUGCCCCAAACACUUCCACGCCUCGGUUCACCGCCAGCAGCACAACUACGCUGCCCGCUUCCCCGACACUGAGCCUGACGAGGAAGAUGAUGAAGAGGAAGAGGAGGAGGAGGAGGAAGAAGGAGAGGGCGACGAAGAGGAGCUCCAAAGCAAACGUGCACACCUGGCAUCCAGUCGCCCGACCUCGCCCUCGGGAAGCUCCUUGAACUCUGAUGCGGAGGACACGGAUCGCAGAAAGAACCACAACUACCUGGAGAGGAAGAGGAGGAACGACCUCAGGUCCAGGUUCUUGGCCCUCCGAGAUCAGAUCCCAGGUCUGGAAUCCACCAAGACCCCCAAGGUUGCCAUCCUGACCCACGCCGCAGAAUACCUCAAGGAGAUGCACUCCAAGGAGAAGCGACAGCUCCAGGAGCGCAAACGGCUCAAGACCCAGCAGCUGCAUCUCCUGCGCAGAUUAGCUGCACUGAAGCGUUUUUGAACCUCCAAAUAGGAACUUUUGUCACUUUUGCAAAGCCACAAUUUUUAUAUGACGACUUGCCUCCUGUUAAUCGCCCGCAGUUACGUUUGGAAUAUGUUCAUUUUGUUGAGCAAUUGUUGCCCUGAGCCUGUUUUUGACAGUAGGCUUGUCAUAACUCAAGGUGUGGGGUUUAUUUCCUGUUUUGCACAGUUAUGCAGUGAGGAUAAUGCAAAAGAUGUUUGUAGUUGGACAGGAGCUAUUUUCCGGGAUGUUGUGAUGGGAGUUGAGGAACUCCAAUGUGGUGUGAUGCAUCCUUCAGAAUAUGUGUGGAAUUGAGCUGAGAUGACUUCAUUCCAUCAUUGCACAUUUAGAAUGGAGUGAAGUGCCGUGUCGUACGGUGCAAUUGUGCGAGCUGGUUUGUUUGUUUAUGUGCGCCUGUUCAUAUUUCUCUGUAAAUAAUAGCUUGUUGCUCCCGGUUGGAGGAGCGUAACAAAAUCAUCUGUUGUUGCUCAGCUUUACUUUUCUGUUUGAUUGCCCACUCGGCAUAGAGGAGCCUCUAUUUUGUUUAAGAAAAUGUGGAGUAAAAAAUGCAACAAAAAAGUUUGAUAAGUCGCACUGCUGUACUUUACACUCACACGUCACUUUGUAAAUGCAAUGCAUCUGUUGAUUUUUUUUUUGGUUCAUUUUAAAGCAUGCUCAUUCAACGGCAACAUUAAAUUUUGAUACGUUAUUUGCAACCAAA